CAGAAUUCGGUCCCGAAAUCCACUAAUACAUUGUGUAAUAUAUUUUGUUACCAAAAUUAUUCAUAAAAAAGUUCAAAACAUUAUAAAUUUAGUGAGCAAUGUUCAUUGACUAAUUAUUGUGUUGAAAAUAAGUAAUAUCCUGAAAACUAUUCAAGAUGUAUUCUAAGGCUUUUGAUACUUUUAACGUGUUGAACAAGAAAAACUUGCUUAAACUGGGAUUACAUUCUAAAAAAUAUUCAACAGAUGUCACAAAUACCAUAAAACCCAGAGUUAUAUUUGCCAAACAAGAAUUAGACACCGAUGAUAUCAGAGUCGGUAGUGUCUAUCAUGGCUUCAAAUGCGAGGACAUACAGAAGGUUCCUGAAUUUAAUUUGACAGCUUAUAGGCUUGUACAUGAAAAAACACGCACAGAAUAUUUGCACAUAAAUAGGCCGGACCCUAACAAUGUAUUCUCAAUCAACUUUCGCACUACUCCAUUCGAUUCCACAGGCCUUCCUCAUAUUUUGGAACACACAGUUCUCUGUGGCUCGAAAAAAUACCCAGUACGAGACCCGUUCUUCAACAUGUUGAAUAGAUCUAUUAGUAAUUUUAUGAAUGCCAUGACUGGCCCCGAUUUCACCUUCUAUCCUUCAACAGUGAAUGAAGUGGAUUAUAGAAAUCUACAAGCUAUUUAUAUGGAUGCUGUUUUUCAUCCUAACCUGUCUCAUUUAGAUUUGCAAGAAGGCUGGAGACUUGAGCAAAAGAAUUUAGAUGAUAAAAAGUCUGAUUACUCCAUCAAAGGCGUUGUUUAUAAUGAAAUGAAAGGUGUUUUUGCAGAUAAUUCAGCUAUAUUUUCUCAAACAUUUUUAAAUACGAUAUUACCAGAUCAUACUUACAGAUAUGUAAGUGGAGGACACCCUCUGCAAAUACCAAAAUUGACACAUACAGAUUUAGUUAAUUUUCAUCACAAAUAUUACCAUCCAAGUAAUGCUAAAAUUUAUAGCUAUGGAAAUUUUUCUCUAACUAAAUCGUUGGCAUUUGUAGAUGAUUAUGUUUCCAAAUUUGAUCCUGUUGAUGCUAGUUACAGCAUAAUACCUAAUCAAAAACGAUGGACUUCUCCACAAAGUCAUCAUGUAACAUGCAGAUAUGAUAAUAUGGGGGCACCGUUCGAAAAGCAAAAUCAAAUAGCAAUUGGCUAUCUUAUGUCAGACAUAACAAAUAUAUAUGAAACAUUUUUAUUGCAAUUCAUCACUGAAUUGAUGAUUGUAGGCCCCAAUUCAUAUUUCUACAAGAGCCUAAUUGAACCCAAUAUUUCAGGUGGAUAUAAUGGUACCACAGGAUAUGAGAGUCAAUUGAGAGAUACAAUGUUUGUAAUAGGUUUGCAAAACAUUGCAAAAGAAGAUUUUGAUAAAUUUGAUAAGAUCUACAAUGAAACGAUUGAUGAAGUUAUUGCUAAAGGUUUUGAUGCAAACCAUAUCAAAUCUGUGUUGCAUCGAAUAGAACUAAACAUAAAACAUCAAAGCACAAAAUUUGGCUUAAACUUACUUUUGGUGGUACCACUGUGGAAUCACAACGGUAAUAUCAUGAUGAGCUUACAAAUGAACAAUCUUGUUAAGAGUCUUAAGGAAAAUCUUAAAGACCCUACUUAUUUGCAAAAGCGAGUAGAGAAUUAUUUCAAAAACAAUAACCAUAAACUUACUCUGACAAUGACUCCAGAUACAGAUUAUGAAAAAAUGAUUGAAGCUGAACAUGAAUUAUUACUUUCUAAGGUUAAUGUUUUAUCUGAGGAAGAUAAAAAUAGAAUAUACGAGAGAAAACAACUUGAAGUAUUACAAAAAACUAAAGCAAACGUUGAUAUGUUACCCUGUCUUAAGCUGAAUGAUAUUCCUCUUGAAGUUAAGAGAUCAGAUAUUAAGGUUAAGGAAAUAAGGGGUGUUCCUUUCAACAUAUGCCAUGCCGCUACCAAUGGCAUAGUUUAUUUCAGGUCUAUUUUAAGCGCAUCACAUUUGAAUCAUAGCGAAACAAUGCUCUUACCAUUAUUUAAUUCAAUGUUGACUAAAUUUGGUACUCAGAAUCAUGAUUUUAGAUCAUUUGAUCAACUAGUUAAUAUGAAAACGUCUGGCUUAAGUGUAUCUACACAUUUAUCAGAAAAUUUGAAUGACUUUAAUAAAUAUGAACUAGGACUCAUAUUGAGCAGUUUUUGCUUAAAUGAUAACAGUAAAGAUAUGAUGUACUUAUGGAAUGAAAUAUUUGAUGGUCCUCUAUUUAACGAUGAGUCAAGAUUAACAAUGUUAUUAGAGAAUUACUUAUCUAAUUUAUCUGUCGGUAUUGCUCAAUCUGGACAUUUGUAUGCUAUCAUGUGCUCGAGUGGAUUACUUCAGGAGUCCUCUGCUUUGAAAGAAAGUCUAUCAGGGCUUCAACAUAUAGAUUUUAUGAAGAAGUAUGUUGCGAAUAACAAACCAAGUGAAAUUUUACAACCUUCAAAGAAAUGGCUACUAAAUUAUUGA